CUCGUCGCUGGCUCGGUGGGGCUGUGUGAGGAGGGAGAGGCGGGCGGCGCAGCCGGGCGAGGGAGGGCAGCGGCGGCGGCGGCGGCGGCGCUAGGCCCGGCCGCAGGAGUCGGGGCUGAGGCCGGGGCCGGGCCGGGCCGGCGCCGCGAAAGAAGGGAGGGUGGGGAGGCAAAGGAAGGGGGCGCCGGGCGUGGGGCCGGGCCGGGCUCCCGGCCGUGCGGAGGACGGUGGUCGGUGCCGGGGGGGGUGGGGGGUGGGCGGGGGCGUCCCGGCCGCGGCGCGACCAUGACUCUGGAGUCCAUGAUGGCCUGUUGCCUGAGCGACGAGGUGAAGGAGUCGAAGCGCAUCAACGCCGAGAUCGAGAAGCAGCUGCGGAGGGACAAGCGCGACGCCCGCCGUGAGCUGAAGCUGCUGCUGUUGGGCACUGGGGAGAGUGGCAAAAGCACGUUCAUUAAGCAGAUGCGGAUCAUUCAUGGCUCAGGCUACUCUGAAGAGGACAAAAAAGGCUUCACCAAGCUGGUGUACCAAAACAUCUUCACUGCCAUGCAGUCUAUGAUCAGGGCCAUGGAAACCCUGAAGAUUCUCUACAAAUAUGAGCAGAACAAGGCCAAUGCAGUGCUGAUCCGGGAAGUGGAUGUAGAAAAGGUCAUGACAUUUGAGCAGCCAUAUGUAAGUGCAAUUAAAACCUUGUGGAAUGACCCUGGAAUCCAAGAGUGCUAUGACAGGAGAAGAGAAUAUCAGCUUUCUGACUCAGCUAAAUACUACCUGAGCGACGUGGAUCGUAUCGCUACCCCGGGCUAUCUACCGACUCAGCAAGAUGUGCUACGGGUUAGAGUUCCCACCACCGGGAUCAUAGAGUACCCCUUUGACCUAGAGAAUAUUAUCUUCAGAAUGGUGGAUGUUGGAGGUCAGAGAUCAGAACGAAGGAAGUGGAUCCAUUGCUUUGAAAAUGUGACUUCCAUCAUGUUUUUAGUAGCACUUAGUGAAUAUGACCAAGUUCUGGUGGAAUCUGAUAAUGAGAACCGGAUGGAAGAGAGUAAAGCUCUCUUUCGAACCAUUAUCACUUACCCAUGGUUCCAAAACUCUUCUGUCAUCCUCUUUCUCAACAAGAAAGAUCUUUUGGAAGACAAGAUCCUCUAUUCCCACCUUGUUGACUAUUUCCCAGAGUUUGAUGGCCCCCAGAGGGAUGCCCAGGCAGCCCGGGAGUUCAUCCUGAAGAUGUUUGUGGAUUUAAACCCUGACAGUGAUAAAAUCAUCUACUCUCACUUCACAUGUGCCACAGACACAGAGAACAUCCGUUUCGUCUUUGCAGCUGUCAAGGACACCAUCCUCCAGCUCAACCUGAAGGAGUACAACCUGGUUUGACCUGGUUCUGCUUGCUCUUGACCUCUUGAGGGAAAAGAGGUUGUUUGUUUGUU